AUGGACGCUAUCGAUCCCUUCGUCGUUCUUACGAAGACUUCCAAGCGCCCCGCCAGAAACAGCGAGCCAUGGACGUGGCACGACUUUGUCGACCACGACCUCUUGCGCGGCGUGCUGGGCGGCUUCGAGGCCAUCGGACGCCACCACUCCCGCUUUUACCUCGUCGCGGAUGAGAUGCGCCGUCCCCUCUACGAGGACCUGGCGCAGGAGCCGGUGGAGUGGUGCGGCGAGCCCAUGGCACUCGGCAUCCGCUUCGUCCAGUGGCGGCUGAUGGAGCGCGUCUGCGCCUUCUUCAACCUCGGCCUCCCCGGGGCCGCGCGGCCGCCGAGCGGACGGCGACCGCCGGACCUCGCCUACACGACGCGCUUCAUCGAGCUCGCCGCUCGACGGACGGGGGCGGAACCGCGCGCUGGAGAUGAAGAUCCAUCAGAAGCUGGGGGAGGGGGGCGCCAAGAAGCCGGAGGACGCCAAGUUCAAGGGAAAGAGAACAAUGGAAGACGCCGGCAUGGACGCUGA